CAUAGAUGUCUCACUGAUGACGGCGACCAGCGAGAGACCGCAUAACCAAUCCGGAUACUUUAAACCCACAGAGUACACCGUGUAGUAGAUAUGUUAUAAAUAGAAACGGCUUACGCACUUUUUUGUGUUAAUAUCUUCUCUUUGUUAAAGAAGAGGGAGCUUUCGUGUCCAGAAAGUACAGCGACGACUUUUCAUCUCAGUGGUGUUGGCUUGCAAGGAGCUGGCGUGUUUUCUUUCCCACCUGGAUUUGGUCAACGUUUGAUCAUUUGGAUUUCGACAUACGAUGACCACCGGAGAAGAGAAUUCGGACAAAAAGAUGACGGAGAAUGGAGAGGGCGGUUAUGCCAAUCCUGCUUUUGAUGAAAACCAGAGGGAAGAUGUCGUAGGCGACAGGGUUGAAAAGGAAGAAGACCCCUGGGAGCUUCCCGAGUUAAAGGAGACGGGAACCCCUUGGUCUGAGCUGACGUGCGGUGGCAAAAUCACACGUGUGCUUGUUGUGACCCUGAAGUUGUGUCUUCUACUUUUCCUCUUGUACGUCUUCAUCUGUUCACUUGACUUCUUGAGUUCAGCGUUCCGCUUGCUGGGAGGCAAGGCCGCGGGAGAAGCUUUCUCCCAGAAUGAGAUACUUGCCAACCCUGUGGCGGGCCUGAUGAUAGGCCUGCUGGCCACCGUCCUGGUCCAGAGCUCCUCGACCUCUACAUCCAUCAUCGUGUCCAUGGUGGGCUCAGGAAUUCUUGGUGUAAAACAGGCGAUUCCAAUAAUAAUGGGGGCCAACAUCGGCACGUCCGUCACCAACACCCUGGUGGCAAUGACCCAGGCAGGGGACAAGAGCGAGUUCAGAAGAGCUUUCGCUGGAGCCACAGUCCAUGACAUGUUCAACUGGUUGACCGUGAUCAUUUUGUUACCGAUAGAGGCCAUAUUUCAUCCUCUGUAUUACAUGACCCUUGCCAUUAUCAACUCUCUUGGACUUAAGACGAACAAAAACGCCAACCCCGAGCUGCUGAAGGCGCUUACAAAACCUUUUGUUAAACUUAUCAUUCAGGUUGACAAGAAAACCAUAACAGCCAUUGCCAAAGGUUCUGACACCGACGGCCUUAGAAUCAUGAAAAUGUCCUGUAAAACCGGAAAUAAAAUUCCCAAGGGUUAUCGUACCUUCGCGGACAAUGUCGCCACGCAGGCAAACUUGACCUCGGCGCCCUCUAAUAUUACUGAUGCAUCCAGCAAUGCCACUUCUACUAUUACAUCAGUGACAGCGCCGUUAGUUGCAGGCGGUAAUUCUUCUCACGGUUGGAACGAGACUCACAUAUGGGGGCUGGGAGACGAGAAAGAAAAAUGUACAUAUAUAUUCCGCGGACUGGCUGACGUCUGGUAUGAUGAAGCCAUCGGGGCCCUGCUGCUGGUUAUAGCUCUGGUGAUACUCUGCGUCGUUCUAGUAUGCAUAGUCAAACUUCUACACUCCAUGCUUCAAGGAAGAAUAGCCAUUCUCAUCAGGAAAGUCAUCAACGCCGAUUUUCCCGGCAAAUUGGCCUGCCUGACGGGGUACGUCGCAAUUAUCUUUGGGUGUCUGAUGACAAUCCUGGUUCAGAGUUCGUCUAUAUUCACGUCUGCCCUGACUCCACUGGUUGGGGUGGGUGUAGUGAAAAUCGAAAGGAUGUACCCAAUGACCCUUGGCUCCAAUAUUGGUACCACAGUCACCGCCAUAUUAGCGUCGCUUACACAAGGGAAAGAAGACCUGCCCAAUGCUCUUCAGGUCGCAUUUUGUCACUUAUUUUUCAACAUCUUUGGGAUUUUAAUUUGGUUUCCUGUGCCAAUGAUGAGAAAAGCACCGAUUUCUUUGGCAAAGUUCUUGGGGAACACCACAGCAAACUACCGAUGGUUUGCGGUCAUUUAUAUAAUUCUGAUGUUUUUCAUAUUCCCUGGAAUUGUGUUCGCGCUGUCAAUCCCAGGAUGGUAUGUGAUGGUUGGAGUGUUGGGUCCAAUCGUCCUCAUCCUCAUCGUCGUCUUGAUCAUUAACGUCCUGCGAAAGCGGAAGCCGGAAUGGCUGCCGGGAAGGCUCCGCACGUGGCAGUGGUUGCCCCUCCCACUUCGUUCUCUGGCGCCAUACGAUAGGCUGAUUGUUAGAGCGUGCUGUUGCUGCAAGUGCUGCGAUCGGUGCAAAAAUAAGGACGACGUGGAAAGCGCUGAUCCUGGUAACAUCGACGAUGGAGGCGAAUACAGGAACAAAGACAGUUUUAAUGUCACUGCAUCACAGGACCAUCUUGUUGAAACCACAAAAUUUUAAAGAUUAAGAUUUUCAAAAAACUUUUCCAGAGGAUAAGACCAAUUAAUGAAAAUCUGAAGUUGAUUUGCUUUGAUAUUGGUUGGCAAUAGUUUUCGGGAAAAAAUACCGAUUUUCAGAUGCAAUUUUUAAAUUACAGAAAGGAAAAGGAAAUAAGUGAAAUAUAUUUCUAUAUUUCUAAUUAUUUCACAUAAAUACAACACACACACAAAAAAAUACCAAAUGGGUAAAAAGUGUGACUAAACAUCACAGGCCUUUAGUGUUUUAAUGUGAACUCACUUAUUGUCCCGCGCAAAAUAAAUCCGGAUUCUUUUCUGGCUAGGCAAAUCCAUGAAGCACAGUUAAAUUGUGCAGGUGAAUAGGUCGUAUUCUACACUCCAGUUGCUCAUAUCACGCAGAAUAUAGGUGCAGAUUACUAUGGUGUAUAUAAUGGUCGUGAAUGUAAAUAGUGUACGGCUUUUUUUAAAGAAUUUCUAUUUUUAUAAUCAUUUUCAGACUGCAGUGCAAAACAAGUUCAUGGGUAAAUUUACUGUUUAGAACUAGACGAAUUAUUAUCCAGAAACGUGUUAUAGCUUCCAAUUUUCUUAAAAUAACUUUUUAUCUCUCAGGUAUGUUAUGUAUGACGUGUGUUGCAAACAUGCAUUUUAAUUGCACUAAGAAAGGAAUGCAGAGAAAUGGUGUAGUGAAACAGUUCAUAUGGUGUUAUGGGCGUUUGCGUACCGGUUGAGCAAUGGCCGAUCACGUAGUGCUAAAUUAUUGUGAUAUUUUGAAAAUUCCUUGAGGCUUUUUAGUACGUAUCAUAUCCAAACAAUGUCCUCGAAACCUGUUUAUAUAUGUUUUGUGUGUACAUAUUUGCAUAUAUAUUGGAUGUAUAUAAAAAAUUUAAA